AUGCGGUGUUUUAUUUUGAGCGUGCUCUGCACUAUCCUACUGCUGGGGACGAUAUCAUCGGCUUGGCCAUGGCAGCCACACGGAGCGCUUCUGGGUGACUCCUUGGAUAAGCGAGCAGACACCACAGAGACAACAACCGCUGAAACCUCGGAAUCUACCACGGAUUCCUCCACUGCCCCCAAGACUUCUGCGAAAACCACCGACACCAAUACCGACACGAAGACACGCACUGCAACCGAUUCGGAGACUACAGACACUGCAACUGAUUCAGAGACCACCGGCAAAGAAACUAGCACGAAGACGGGAAAAAACAAGACUACCGCCACAACCUCGAUCUCCAUUGACCCUGCUGCCGCUGCUGGUGGCGUCUCUAUGAUCACCCCCGCUUCCUCGUCCACGACCUACUACAAGAUCGGCCAGGAUGUGACAUUUGUGUGGAACUACACCUCUCUGUCGGUCACGCCAUCUGCAGUUAAUGUUGUAGCUUCGUGCAGCCUCAACUCGAUGAAAUAUACGCUCAGCUCCAACAUGACUGUGAAGCAAACCGGAAGCGUCGUGUGGGAUACUGGAAAAUACCAGAAAUCGGCCACUAUUCCGUUGCUUACUGCAUCUUAUACUCUGAUCAUCUAUGAUGCCGACAAGGAAAUUGGUGACGCUGCAACCGCUGGACACUUGAGCUCGCAGAACGGCGGUUACGUCUUCGGGAUGUACACCCCCCAAGCUUACACCCCACUCAAUGAAUUCAAGUGCGCAACCUGCAGCGGGGCCAUGUCUGAAACCAGUCGUCUAGCCAUCAAAUUUACCGUCGGCAUGGCUGUGAUUACCUUCGCUUCAUUCUCCUGGUUUGCGGGCAGUGCUGGCGUCUUCGCCACUUGA